CAAACCCCACACGAGCAAAAGCAGAGCACACAGCACAAACCUCUUUCCCCUCCCCUGCCCCGCCUCCUCCUCCUCCAUUCCCCAUCCCCCAUCCCCCAUCCACCGCCGUCGAUGGCGAGGCCGACGCGCGCGCUGCUGCUCCCGCUCCUCCUCCUGGUCCUCGCGCUGGCGGCGCUGGCCCGCGCGUCGGGGUCGGGCGACGUUCCGGCGUCGUCUCUGAGCUGGGACCUCGGCGUGGUGGGCGCGGGGGAGGACGAGGAGUUCGGCUUCCCCGGCGGCGACUCCGUAGCGCGCCGGGUGCUGCAGGGCGGCGGCUACCUCAGCUACGGCGCGCUGCGCAGGGACAACGUGCCCUGCUCCGUCCGGGGCGCCUCCUACUACAACUGCCGCCCCGGCGGGCAGGCCAACCCCUACUCGCGCGGCUGUACCGCCAUCACACGCUGCCGCGGCUGAUCUCGCCGCCUACGCGUCCACCGACGGAAAACAGGAGGUUCAUAUCUGUCAAUCCCACGCCGUUGUUGAUUUGAGACACACCAAAAAAAAUGUUCAUCUCCCUCCCUGUCCCUUUAAUCAAUUAUCAGUACCUGUAUGCUAUUGCUUGUUUUCUCCUGUCGUUUGAAUUUAACGAGAAUGAUUGGUGGUGGUUGUGGGUUAUGCAUGAGUUGGCGCCCACUUGAUUCCAGCCGGAUUCGCCUCUCUCUCUCUCUGGUCCUGUAAAUUCCAUGAAUCCAUGAUUCGUGAGCAACUGGUGUACAAACUACAAGCUGAUGAUGAAAAUUCCACCGUGAACCAGUGCGAUUGUGAUUGUAAUUAAGUUAGCGGCGGAUCCGAGUCGCAACAACCAGCU